AUGAUUCCAAAUAAAAUUGUUCAAAAACCACAUUAAGUUGUAGUUCCUAUUAUUUAAUAAAGUAUAAUUAAUCCUGUUUCUAAUCUAGCGAAAAAAGCUUAUUUAGUAUCCCCUGCUUCUGUUAUGACUUCUAUGUAAUAACCUGUCUUUAUACUUGAAUAGGCUCCUUAUAAAAUGAAAACACCAAUUUAAACACCUCUUCUUGUUGCUAAAAUAGAUAAUCAAAUUCAUAUUGUAGAUGCUAUUUCUCCUAUUGAUAAUUAAACAUUACUCGAUUCCACUUUAUUGAUCGGAGAUCGCAUUUUUGAUAUUAAAAACGGCGCCAUUUUCUCCAUAGUAACUGGUAUUCCCGAAUAUUCCUCCACCUUAAGCCAAUUAACAAAGUACACAGUAGAUAUAACCCCUGAAAAUUCCAUAUUAAUCAAUCUAAAUGAUAAAAAGCGUCCCUUUGAUUAAAUAAAUAUGCUUGGCUGGGUUCCUUCCUUCGAAAAAAUCGCCAUAUUAGGCUCUGGAAUUGAAACUCUAAAUAUCGUUCGAACCCUCCGUUUAUUCUUAGAGUCCGAAAACCAUCUUGAGAAUUUAAAUACGUUUUCCUUAUUAAAGUAAUAGAUUUGA